GGUGGAUCUUUAAAGGUAAUCGUAGGCUCUCUUCGGACUCCUUUGAUGCGUGGGGAUAACUGGAGCUACCAGUUAAGUGAAGUGUAUCGGCAUCGGUACGAAGUAGUACACUGUUUCUUUCCGGAGUGUGUGGAUCGGAGGUGUUCAGAGGACUGCCGCGGAAAACAAGCCACACGGAGCAGAGAAACAUAUCCUUCGAAGACUACGCACGGAGGCAACUACUCUCGAGCGAUUCGUCGAUCGACACAUUAUAAAUAUGAAAGUUUAUCUGGUGACUGUGGUUGUAUGCAUGACGACCAUGACAGCGACAUUGGAAUCCGACUCUCAUGGAAAUAGGAGCAACGAAAAGGCACUUCCGGAACAACGACAGAAAUACGAACAAAACAGAACUCGAACGAAACAAGAGACGAAAAACGUUCAAGAUCGUCAGUCGUCUGUUGGAAUCUUCCAACAAGAAAUCUUCAAAUAUUCCGAGACCAACGCUCCCAGCCAACCAGAGGACGAAAUUUCGAAACUCGUUAACGAUAACGAAAAUAAUUAUAAAACAAAUGAAACCUACAGGGAUUUCCAACCCCGGCUUUCCAAGCAAAUAGUCCAGCCGUACCUCGUGCCCUCGGAAACCAAACAAACUCAAGAAAACACCAUAAACGGGUCUACAAAUAGCGUUCCAAGGUCAUCCAGAACUCCCGAAGGCACUGAAAACUUGACCAGUACCGUUAUCACGGUGGAAAAAGUUCCUUUUCAACAAAUAGCUCUGAAAUAUUCACCUGCCCAACAAAAUAACUUCAAUUUGAGCCAACUUUUCUCUGAAGAGCUAGUGGAUUUCGGUCAACGACUUCGUUCUCCUAUCCCAAAGCCCAGAACUAGGUCCACGCCUAGGAAAACAACCACCAGACCCUCAAUUCUCAACAACAUUAGCCCAGAAACUCCGAAAAAUUCAUCUUCUUUUCAACAAGACUUGCAAAAGGCUUGGAGACUCAAAGAAAACCAAGACAAUGCCAGUCCUACGAUCGUCCCAGCUACUUCUGCGGACACUGUUUCGUCUACCACAGUCCCCGCCUUGUCCCUAGGUAAAUUCUCAGGCCCGAUAGUGGUCCCAGAUUUGCCUCGACAGGGUUUAACAUCGAAACCUAGCUUCUUAACGGCGUCCCAGGUCGUGUUGCGCCCUCUACAGGUCGGCGUGGCGCUGAUGAACGCCGGGGAAGACCUCAACUCCGUCCAGGACUCGCCAGAGGCAACUUUACCAGAGGAAGAAGUUCGAUCAGAUCUCCAAAACGACCAGUCCUCGCUGCACACCGAGUCCCUGGCACUGAAAUCUGGUCAACAGUCGGUGGAGAUACAAAAGUCGGUGGAGAUAUUUCAUACGGCGCCCGUGCACGAAAUCCACUAUCCGCUGGAGUUCGUACCCCCGCCCAGAAAGCCACAAGACAAGAAACUGAACCAACCGACCAACGAGAAUCUUCCUGUAAAUGUUCAAGAAAACGAAAAUGAGAACGAGGUAGCUUUUCUGGACCUUGCAGAGGGUCGCCAGGUCUCCAAGUACUCCAGGGAGCCGCCCAGGGUCCUGGAGGAGGUCAGGCUAGUCCCCCAGGUCAUAGAGAAGCAGAUAACCAUACCACAUCCGUUUCCAGUGCACGUGGACCGCGUGGUAGAAAAGCAAAUUCGAAUUCCAUACCCUGUUCACGUGGAGAAGAAAAUGCCCUUUGCUGUCCAGAGGUUCAUACUUCCAUUCCCCGUCCAUUUUCGAAUCCCUCCUUCGCUGGAAAAGCCUCAUCUUCUGGAAAAUGGCAAGUUGUUCAAGUCUAUUGGGAUUCCUGUCUACAAUGAUGCCAAUUUACAGCAAAUUUUCAGACACCAAAGCUUUCAGACGAUGCCUGGACCAUCGUACGGAUCCCUGAUGGACGACCAGGGCUCUUUUAACUCCACACAGUACUAUGGACUGGGCUACGCUGGAGUUUCUAGGCAACCAUUGUUGUUGCACUCGAUGCCGAACAAGUUCGGGACCCAAUACUCCCAGCUCCUUUAUUCCCCGGUGAUUGGCCAUUCUGCUGCCUAUGGAAGGCCAACGCCGGAAAAGGAGAGCGUUACUGGCCCACGAAAAAUGGUUCAAGCCUCGCCGGCGAUUCAAUCCAAGUCCUUGCAAUAUGCGUCCGAUGGUCAGAUGAGAAGAACCAGGCAGGAAACUGGUGCCAACGCUGGAACCUUUAGGCAAUCAAAAAUGGAGUACGGAUUCAAACCACCUAUGGUUCCUUCGGUACAGUACGACGAACAAACUGCCACCAAAGUAGAGUAGCGCAGAGUUGUAACAUGGUUUCGGUCCAAUUUUAUGGAAUAAAAGUUCCACGCAUCUUCAUCUUUAGAAGCUACUCUAAAGAGAUCAGUACCGCGGAUGGCAAGUGUUCUUCGUCUUGGAGAUCUGUUGCGCAGGUGCAAAGAAACCA